AUUUCGGAAUAACCCCGCCGAAGUUGUUCCAGAUAUGUUCAGCCUCUUGGAAAGCUUAAACCUCGUGGUGACGCAGCAAAUAGAGUAUUGUGAUACCUUUGACGGUAUACAGGUAUCUAUCUAUCUUGGGACGGAUUGUAUACCGUAAGGUUUAAUGUCGGUCUAUCUGCGUAACGCUCGUUGCGCCAGUAGAUAUCCCAGCCCUGAUAUGUCUAUAUAUCUCAUACUCCAGUAACUGCGAAAGACUUCUCUCCAGCUUUCUAUUCCAUCAAUCUUUCAACCAUCUCUACUUCUUAAUCAGAUAUCCAACCCUCACUCUUUAUUUCACAUUUUUACCAAUCUCACUACUCUACAAUCAACAUGCCUUCCAUCCUCCUCAAGACCAUUGCUCUCCUCUCCCUUGUCAGCUUCACGCUCGCUGACCUUCACACCAAUGGCAUCUGCAUAGACAGCAAAGAAGGUUUCGAUGUAUACAACGCUGAUGCUACCGCCAAAGCCUGCACAAACUACAAGAACAGAAACACUGGUUCAGAACAAUGGGACACAUGCCCAGAUUGCACCAUGAUUACAACUGGUAUUCCACAUUGUGAAUCCGCUGAUUCGCAUAUUGGUGGUGAUGAGAUGGAAUACUACUGCCAGCUGAAUGGAGCAGGUGGCUCUUUGGCAAACUAAGCGCCUGAGGGACGUUCAUGGGAGAAGGAAGUGUACUUUUAUUUUAGGAAUUCUUGGCGAGCUUUUUGGGGAAGAAGAUCUUGGUAAAUACUUGUUCAGCGAAGCGAAAUUUGAAGGAUUCAUGGCAAGAAGCUGUGUGUUUGAUUCAUUCACAUACCCUACGAUCUAAUCGGUAAUAGAGUAUAACUAUCCUAAGAGAUGGUGAUUCAAAUGAUAUACUUUUGAUCAACCGAGAGAUAAGCCUGAUUAUUCAAGUGCUUCUCCAACAACCAGCUACAAAUCGUAGCUCACUAAUGCCCUG